GACACCGCACGCUCCCUUGGACCUGCCUGCAACGAGUUCACAGGGCAGUGCCAGUGCAUGCCAGGCUUUGGAGGCCGGACCUGCCGGGAGUGCCAGGAGCUCUUCUGGGGUGAUCCAAGCGUGGAGUGCCAAGCUUGUGACUGCAACCCUCGAGGCAUCCAGACCCCACAAUGCGACCGUGCCACUGGGCAGUGCGUCUGCAAUGAAGGGGUGGAAGGGCCACGUUGCGACAAGUGCUCCCGGGGCUACUCGGGCUUCUUCCCCAACUGCGUGCCAUGCCACCAGUGCUUCGCCCUCUGGGACGUGAUCAUCAGUGAGCUGGCUAACAGGACCCAGCAGUUCCUGGAUAGGGCUAAUGCCCUCAAAAUCACUGGAGUCACUGGCCCAUACCAGCAGACGCUCAACACCCUGGAGGAGAAGCUCAGUGAAAUUAAAACCAUCAUCGCUCAAAAUCCAGCUGCUGAGCCCCUGAAGAACAUUGGGAAUCUCUUUGAGGAAGCAGAAAAGCUGACAACAGAUGUUACAGUUAAGAUAGCCAACAUAGAAGAAAACCUGUCAGCCUUAGCAGCGAAGAGCAAUAGCACAGACACUGACCUGAGCACGCUGGAGACAGAUGCCAAAAGCCUAGACCGCGUCGUGAAAGAGCUUGCAGAACAGCUAGAGUUCAUCAAGAUCUCUGAUGUUCGGGGGGCCUUGGAUAGUAUCACCAAGUAUUUCCAGAUGUCCCUGGAGGCAGAGGAGAGGGUCAAUGCCUCCACUGUUCACCCCGAUAGCGCCGUGGAGCUGUCAGCGCAAACGCGGCAGGAAGUGGAAGACUUAAUCAAUGAGAAGGAGGCCCAGUUCAAGGCUAAACAAGAGGAGCAGUCGCGCCUUCUGGAUGAACUCGCAGGCAAGCUGCAGAGCCUGGAUCUCUCCGAAGUGGCUGAGAAGACGUGUGGCACUCCUGCGGGAGCCUCUUGCGCUGAGUCCGAGUGCGGUGGUUUAAACUGUCGAACAGCUGAAGGACAGAAGAAGUGUGGAGGACCUGGCUGUGAGGGGCUGGUGACUGUAGCUCACAACGCCUGGCAGAAAGCCAUGGAUUUUGACAGAGACAUCCUCAGUGCAUUAGCAGAAGUUGAGCAACUCUCCAGAAUGGUUUCUGAGGCAAAACAGAGAGCUGAUGAAGCAAAACAAAAUGCACAAGCCGUUUUGCUCAAAACCAAUGCUACAAAAGAACAAGUGGACAGAAGCAAUGAAGAUCUGAGAAAUCUUAUUAAACAGAUUAGAGACUUCCUAAUGCAAGACAGCGCUGAUCUGGACAGCAUCGAGGCAGUGGCUAAUGAAGUGCUGAACAUGGAGAUGCCAAGCACUCCCCAGCAGCUGCAAGCCCUGACAGAAGAUAUUCGUGAGCGUGUAGAAAGCCUUUCUGAUGUUGAAGUCAUUCUGCAGCAGAGCGCUGGAGACAUUGCCAGGGCAGAAAUGCUACUGGAGGAAGCUAAAAAAGCAAGCAAAGGUGCAACAGAUGUUAAAGUCACUGCAGACAUGGUGAAAGUAGCACUGGAAGAAGCUGAAAAAGCUCAAAAUGCAGCUGAAAAAGCCAUCAAGCAAGCUGACGAAGAUAUUAAAGGAACUCAAGACCUGCUGACUUCAAUUGAAUCUGAAAAUGCAGCAUCUGAAGAAACACUGAACAAUGCUACCUUACGUCUGUUUGAGCUAGAGAAGAGUGUUGAAGACCUUAAGCAAAAGGCUGCUACAAAUUCAGAGAAUGUGGACAAUAUAGAAGAAAAAAUUGUUACUGCAAAACAAAAUGCUGAAGAAGUUAAAAAGGUCCUCAACACCGAGCUGAAUGACAAGUAUAAAACAGUGGAAGAUCUCAUUGCCAAGAAGACAGAGGAGUCAGCUGAUGCUAGGAGGAAAGCUGGCAUGUUGCAAGAUGAAGCUAAAGCCUUGUUGGCUCAAGCAAACAGCAAACUCCAGCUGCUCAAAGACUUGGAAAAUACAUAUGAAAACAAUCAAAAAGUUCUGGAAGACAAAGCCAAGCAGCUGGUGGAGCUGGAAGAGACAGUUCGCUCCCUCUUACAGACAAUCAGCCAGAAGGUUGCUGUUUAUAGCACUUGCUUAUAGAUGGGAGCAGGAAGUGCUUGCGUUCAGGAUGGAUUUUACAAGUAUUACACUAGUUCUUUUUGACAUUACACUAAGACCUGAUAAAUCAAACAGGUUUUAUAUUGACUUUCAAGUCACAGAACCAAAGACAAGUAACUUUUUGAUGUUGAAAAUAAACAGUACUUUUGUAUCACAGUAUGUACCUAGUAUGACUCAUUAACUUCCUUCCUAUUUUCAGUAGCUGAAAUAGGAAAUCAAUUAAUCCUUUAACAAGUCUUGUUUUUAAACUCGUUAGAGAUCUAAUAAAAUCUUGGCUCCAACUAC